CGCCCCUCGUCGCUGCGCUCCCGGAGGAAACGGAAGCAGGCGCGAGCCAUGGAAGGGAACCGGGAUGAGGCUGAAAAAUGUGUGGAGAUCGCCCGGGAGGCGCUGAAUGCCGGCAACCGCGAGAAGGCCCAGCGCUUCCUGCACAAGGCCGAGAAGCUGUACCCGCUGCCCUCGGCCCGCGCACUGUUGGAAAUAAUUAUGAAAAAUGGGAGCACAGCUGGAAAUAGCCCUCAUUGCCGAAAGCCAUCAGGUGGUGGUGAUCAGAGCAAGCCUAACUGCACGAAGGACAGCACGCCUGGCAGUGGUGAGAGCAGCAAAGGCUACACCAAAGACCAAGUAGACGGAGUCCUCAGCAUAAACAAAUGUAAAAAUUACUAUGAAGUACUUGGAGUUACAAAAGAUGCUGGUGAUGAAGAUUUGAAAAAAGCCUACAGAAAACUUGCCUUGAAGUUUCAUCCAGAUAAAAACCAUGCACCUGGAGCAACAGAUGCUUUUAAAAAAAUUGGAAAUGCUUAUGCUGUUUUAAGCAAUCCAGAAAAACGAAAACAGUAUGACCUCACAGGCAGUGAAGAACAAGCCUGUAAUCAUCAAAACAAUGGAAGAUUUAAUUUUCAUAGAGGCUGUGAAGCUGACAUAACUCCAGAAGACUUGUUUAAUAUAUUUUUUGGUGGUGGAUUUCCUUCAGGAAGUGUACAUUCAUUUUCCAAUGGACGAGCUGGUUAUAGCCAUCCACAUCAACAUCGACAUAGUAGACGUGAAAGAGAAGAAAGAGGAGAUGGAGGUUUUUCUGUGUUUAUCCAGCUGAUGCCCAUUAUUGUAUUGAUCCUCGUGUCAUUAUUAAGCCAAUUGAUGAUCUCUAAUCCUCCUUAUUCCUUAUAUCCCAGAUCUGGAUCAGGUCUGACUGUUAAAAUGCGGACAGAAAACUUGGGUGUUGUUUAUUAUGUCAACAAGGACUUUAAAAAUGAAUAUAAAGGAAUGUUAUUGCAAAAAGUGGAAAAGAGUGUGGAAGAAGAUUAUGUGACUAAUAUUCGAAAUAAUUGCUGGAAAGAAAGGCAGCAAAAAACAGAUAUGCAAUAUGCAGCAAAAGUAUACCGUGAUGAUCGACUUAAAAAGAAAGCAGAUGCCUUGAGCAUGGAGAACUGUAAAGAAUUAGAGCGGCUCACCAGUCUUUAUAAGGGAGGAUGAACUGGAAUUCCUGUUUAUACCUUUCCGUGUACUCUUUAUUUAUUUUUUUUUUCUGUAAGUUUAGUUUCAUCAUGAAAGCUGAAGAAAAUCAUUGGAUAUUAAAAACCAAAUUGAUCAGUUGGUUCCUGAAAUCUUGGACAUUGUAUGACCUAAUGGCGCCUUUAAAUAGUAAGAACUGAAAACUAAAGAUAAUAAUUUUAGUUACACUUUUGCAGUUACUUUCAUCCUAAAUGCCGACAUGAUUCUUAAAUAAAGGUGUCUCCAGAAAGAAUACUACCACACCUAUAGUAAUUUCUAGUCUUGCUGGUUCUUCAUUUCUAUCCAUGUCAUAAUAAAUAUUUAUAGAAUGAUAAUUUUGUGUGCAUACAGAUUACUGCAUUUGUAUUUAAAUUUUCUUAGUGUUUGGUCCCAUGAGGUACUUCAGUUUAAGUUAAUGGAACAGAUGUUACACAUAAAUUGCAUUUUCCUUGUGUGUUAAAUAGGUGGGGUUGAAACAAUGAGAUUUUUUUUCAAAAAAAAACACAAGUUUAUGUAAAGUCUUAUAGCAUUAUCAGCUUAGAGGAAAUGAUAUUUUUAAUAAUGCCAUUAUAUUCCAAAAUAUAUACUGAAAUAAAUGAACUGGCUUAGAGUUUCGGUUUGCUGUUUGGUUUUAUGAAUUGCUGAGCCAUGCAUAGAAAAGAAAUCCCUUAAUGAUGGCUUUUUAAAGAAAAUAUGAAGAAAUGGCUAUAAAUAUUAAACUAAAAGGGUCCUUAGUAGUGCAUUCCAAUUAUGUCAUUUAUAAAUCCAGUAACUAAAAAGCCCCAAAACGUUCAUUUAUAUGUCUUUAAAGGCAUAUGAAGGAGAGGAUUCAUCUAAUUUUUUGCCCAUGGAAAUUUGCAGUUUUUUAAUAAUCAUUUAAGCAGAAUCCAAAAGUAAAUGGGUUCUUCUACAAAUAAGUAAUAAGAAAAAAUACUACCGAAAUACAGCUUUGUGCCUUUAACCUAUUGCCAACUCUAAAACUUAUUAAGUAGAUAUGAUACACCUACUUGAUCAGAGCAUGUUCUGUUUGGCCACAUGCAACAGUGAGCAGAAAUACAGCAGCAGGUAAGGUAGACUAGUGACUUCAGCAAGUUAUCCAUAAAAACUUCUGAGCUAAAAUCUUUUCACCAAUGAGUAAUUUAAUUAAUCCUGUAGAGAUAAGCUUUCUGUAAUUAAUCCAUAAAGUGAAUUAGAAGAAAAUCUUAACAGCUGGAAAUUAAAAUUUUGGUGCCUAUAUACUGAAUAUGAAACUAUUUGAUUUCUGUUUUUUUAAUGAUUUUGCUUCACAGCUAGUUGAACACAAUCAUAUCUUUGUCUCUUUUUGAUGGGUGAAAAAAUGAUAGAUUGACUUUCCGAUCUUUUACUUAGACAUCUUUUUCUGAGUGUAGUUGAUUGAUGGCAUAUGUUGAAUAAAAUUUAUCAUCUUCUCUUAAAAAUAUUCUGUUAUAUUACCUUUUCCAGGUGAAUCAUUAAAAAUGCCUUACUGAACCAGUAGGUUAACCUAAAUAACAGAUUGUCCUUGCAAAAAUGGACACUUUAACCACGUUGCUUUUGGAAGUGUGACCUUUUGUUGUGGAGGAAAAAGAUAGCAGCGCUUAAGAGAAAUACAAUUUAAAAUGUUUUCCUUGAGCUUAUAAAGUAACUUUGGUUAACAAGUUCAUAACGUUCUAAUUAGCUUUUUUGCAAGCUCACAUGCAUCAGAAAUUUUACAAAAAUUUGAAUGAAACGAUCUCAUCUUUUUUUUUCUAGUUUUAAAGGGAAAUUCACACUACUGUGGUUGAUAUUUACAUGAACUAAACUGCCCUAAUGAUUUUUCCUCUUAAAUCCUGAUUUUAAAGAGUUGAAGUUAUCAAGUAAAGUUGUGUAUCACAAAGACAUACAUGGCCUAGGCGCAGUAUUAUAUUUCAGUUGCAUUGUUGCAUUCCUUUACAUUUCAUAAGAUGUUAAAGGAGAUGUGUUUGAUAUAAUAAAGUUUUUGGCAAUUUUUGGAAUUGCCUGACAAAUUUAAGUUACAUAAAUUAAAUUUGAAAAUAAUAAAUAUCAUAUUCUGGUGUAAAGGCUCAGUAGGUGACUUAGAAUUUGGGACUCAUUUUACAAUGUAACAAGGCCUUAGAUAGUCUGAGACAUAAGACUUUCAUAUUUACUCCUUUUAUAUAAUAAAAAUCAUAAUAUUUUGCCAUCUGAUUUUUAGUUACAAUUGCUUUGCAAUUUUGUUUGAUCUUUUUAAUUACCACUUCAAACCCAUCCAUCAUUUGAUUUACUUUACUAAUGUCUCUUAUUGAAGUUUUAGGAGUUUGGCAGCAGUUGCUUAUUAUUAUUUUCCAUUUUCAUGUUUUUGUGCAUUCACAUACACAUCCUUACAUACCUGGGGGUAGGUAGGAAAUAGCACCUUCUAUUACUGUUCUUUUGAUUCUUUAGUUCCCAGAUUGGUGUUAGUCAUAGGUAAUAUUUUAUUUUGAUGAAAUAAGACACUGAAUUUUUCAACAGUAUGAAAUUUCAAGUUAUAUUCUCUCUAAUAAUUAAGAAAAAAUAAUAUAUUUUGGGAGCAGACUGUACUGAAUGCCUAAAUAAAUGUGCUUAUUUAUUACAAAGUUGUGGUAGGAAAAAAAAAUGUCCUAAAGGCAUAUGUUUGCCACUGGAUUAAACCCUCCUUUCUGUGUCCGCUCAGGUGUCUACAGAAACAGCAAUGUGGAAUGACAUCCCUUUUCUUGAGUUGCACUACCUAAGUUUAGUUUUUCUUUCUGUUAAAGCUUCUGCCAGGAGCUUUAGUAUGUACUGUAUAGUAUGUACUGUAGACACUAUGACUUGAUUUCUGUUAUGUUGGUCUGUGUAUUUUAAAAUACAGCUGUUACUAACAGGACAUGCUGAUAUUACUUAAUGCAUUCCUAUAUAUUUCGUCAAAACGGUAACUCUCCCACCUGUGUCAAAGCAGUGACCUCUUUCUUGAUAUUGGUCUAGGGACCAACUGAGCCAUCCUUACAGUUAACAAGUAUUAUGAGAAAGUUUCCAGUGGGAGAAAGAGGAGAAUGUGUAAUUUAUUUAGCUUCCCUGUGAAUGCUGAGCUGAGUGCUCACCUGUACUACUUCCUUUACACUGAAUGAAGCAAAGUGAAAGGCAAUUUGUAAUUUUUUUCUUACCUAAAUUGAAAGAACUGAUGAAAACAGAAAAUAAAUGAAAUUCUAAUCUUUGCUUAAAUAGCUGGAAAACCUUGUCUACUGGCUAUAUUGGAGUGUUGCCUAGUUAAAAACCAUGAAGUUCUCUGUAAACCAGUGGGAAAGUCAUCUGGCAGUCAUUUCCAAAUUUUCUUAAAUUCUAAUUUUCACUUAAAAAGAAAAUGGAUAGAAUAAGUCUUUUCAAGAAAUUCGCGCACACCCUUUAAUAGUUUGGCAAACAGACUUCCUUUUUGGUUUCUUUACUAUUGAAUAGAUACUUUCGUAUAAAUGGAAACAUUUUUCCUCAAAACAUUUAAUUCAAAACAUAUUCCUUAUAUUAAGGAUUAUGUAAUCACAAUUUUUGUAAAUUGCCUAUGUGUAACUUUUUUCCUGUUGGUAUGUGAUUCCUUUUCCUUUAAUUUGAUUAUUUGCUGGUGUUGGGGCCAAUAGAUCUGUGAAUAUUUUGUUGAUGUGUCCAUGUAUAAUGUAUAUAUUUAUAUUUUUUCCAGCUAAUACCUCAAAUGUAUGAUUGUUUAAUAUAUGCCACACUAUGUUUGCACAGAGCAGGGCUUCCAUUAGUAGGGAACAUCUUACUUCUAACUUUGAAAUAAAUCCACAGAAUUUGGUUGGUGUGAACUAUUUCCAUUGAUCUUUGUUCAUGUUUUAAUACACACAUUCCUAACAUAAGGCUCUUACCUUAAAUGUAAUUAUAUCUUUCAAUAUCUGGCAAUCUGAAACUAUUAUAGAGGUAAGAAGUAUUUCUUGAAAUGGUUUAAUUUCAAAAGUUAUUUUAAAAAUUGGGUGAUUGCCAAGAUGUCUGAUUAACUGCAUAGCAUAUGACACUUGGCAUGAAUGUGAGCAAGUGUCAUUUACUCCAGCAUGAAAUUCCAAAUAUUUUCAUCCGGCACCUUAUUUCGCCACUUAAGAGCAAGCACCAUUAAAAUAAUAGAGAUCUUUGUUGAAAUUGGAAUACUUUAAAAUAAUUUCAAAAUUAAUUGUUCUUAUUUAGAUGAAUAUGUAGGCAAGAGAAAAACUCAUGUUAAGUUCUUCUGUAAUUCAUUUGUAUGAAGAAAUGCUUCUUACCUGUUUUUGCCUUGAUUUGUGUUUAGAUUUUAGAUUGCUACCUAAGAUUUUUGAUUUAAAGUUUAUGUUCUAAAAAGCUACAGGUAAUUUUCAAGGUGCGGUGGAAUUUUAAUGGAAGCCUUGUAUAACUUAAAAUGAAACUGGUAAAAGAUAUUUGUUGACACUACAUUUAAGAUCAUUCAAUUAGGUUUAAAAUGGAAUGUCUGAUUUGUAAAAUAUUUAAUGUCAAUCAGACACAUAUAAAAUAGGAUUUUCUGUGUGAGAACUCUGUAAAGAAAAUGCAUUUGAUUUUUAAUGAAUGUUCUGAAUGAUUUAUGACAAACUUUUGUCUUUCAAUCUCUGUAGUUUAUCUCAAAAUAUUAAUAAAAAGGUCUGUUCUCACAGUUAAA